AUGGGCUCUAACGAAGUCGGUAACAAGAUCCUACUUCUUGGUGACAUCGACCAUGCACAAAAGGCCUGGAAUGGAUUGAGCGAGCUCGGCGAGCUGCUGAAAUCGACCGCAAGUAACCGUGCUGAAUUUCUCGAGGAAUGCCGCAAUGGGAAAUACGAUGGCGUUGUCGCCAUUUACCGCACCUUCCAAUCCGCGGGCUUCACUGGCCUCAUUGAUGAAGAGCUGAUCAAUGCUUUACCAAGCUCAUUGAAAUACAUGGCACACUGCGGAGCCGGAUAUGACAUGAUAGAUGUUCACGCUUGCAGCGCUCGCAAUCCUCCUAUUCGAGUUUCCAACGUUCCCACCGCAGUGGACGAUUCUACUGCAGAUGUGACCAUGUUUCUUAUUCUAGGUGCUCUACGCAACUUCAACGGUGGCAUGCACGCCCUCCGUGAAGGCAGAUUCCGUGGCCCGACUGGCCUUGGCCAUGACCCGGAGGGCAAAGUUCUAGGGAUCUUGGGAAUGGGUGGUAUUGGACGAAAUCUGAAGAAGAAAGCAGAGGCAUUUGGUAUGAAGGUUAUUUACCACAACCGACGCCAAUUGAGUGAGGAGCUUUCGGGUGGAGCUCAGUAUGUGACCUUCGAUGAAUUGCUCUCGACUAGCGAUGUGCUCAGCUUGAACCUGCCUUUGAACAAAAAUACUCGUCACAUUAUCGGCAAGGCGGAAUUUGCUAAGAUGAAGGACGGCGUAGUUGUUGUUAACACCGCCCGUGGAGCGGUCAUGGAUGAGGCCGCCCUUGUUGAUGCUCUUGACAGUGGCAAAGUAUUCUCUGCCGGCCUUGACGUCUUUGAAGAGGAACCGAAGAUUCACCCUGGCCUGUUGAGUAAUCAGAAUGUGAUACUGGUGCCUCACAUGGGCACUUGGACUGUUGAGACUUUGACCGCAAUGGAAGGAUGGGCCAUUAGUAACAUUCGCCAGGCUCUUGAGACUGGAAAGCUCAAAAGUCCUGUCCCUGAGCAGUCUGAUCUGUAA